GAGGGCUUGGUUGGCACAGCUGCACAUUGCAGUGGAGGUAAUUGUGUAAGAAUAUUAAUGUGCUAAUAAAAGAGCAAAUGGGAAGUAUUGGAAGUCAUUACUAUUGCUUGCACUAUGCUGUACUGUUGCUAGUAGCAACAGAUUUGGGAGGUUCAUUCGGUCAUUUUCAGUAUCUGCUUUUGCCUGGAGCUUAUCACACGAACUGUGGGUGUGAGGUGGCAGUACGUCCUGAAUGGCAUAUCGGUCAAUUCAAGAGCACCAUGCACACACACUCAUACCUAAGGGGCAAUUUAGCAUAGUCAAUGAUUCCAACAUGUUUUUGGGUGGUGGAAGUAAACCCAUGGGAAAAUCUGCAUAAACAGUAAACUGAUUUUAACAAUUUGUUUUUAUUUACUACUGAUGGCCUGAUUAAAACUGAGGUCACUAAUAAAGAUAGCUUUAAUGAUAUUAGAUUUAGCUAAUACUGGUGUUAUUCAUUUCAUAAUUCUGCAUUUUUCCAGACUUUUAGAAAAGCACAAACAUGCAUGACUUACUAUUAAGCCUUAUCAAGCACUGGCUCUAUGGAUGCAGACUCUUUAUUGGAACCAGGUCAGAAUGGCAUUCUUAUAACUGUUGUGGUUUAUCCUCUCACUGUUCAGCCCAUUGAGAAAAAGCCAUGAGCAAUCAAAAGCUGCUGAGCAAGAUGAAAAUGUGUCCAGGGCUUAAAGGCCAGUAAUAUCCAGCCCCUGACUGUGCUGCUGGAAAACACCCAAGCACUCAAGCUGGCUUGUGUUUGUUGCAGCCAUAGGGCUUAGCUGGAAAAAGACCUCACUGGUGCAUUUUGGUUAAGCCUUCACGGGGGUGAGGCAAAUGCCCCCAGGCUUACCUAAAUAUCACCAUCAGAUCUGGGAUCAGGGCAAAAGUUUACAAUGAUCCUGACCUGAGUGUAGACACACAGAAUGUAUGUUUGUUGAGGCCAGUCACAGCCAGUUAUUUAACUAAACUUAUUUACUUAGUUCACUGAUAAUGACACACUGCUCCCUUUGCUUGCUGUAAGCAUCAUUAUUGGAUUGUGUUACUGGAAUAGAGACCUAUAUUUGCUUUAGUUCUUUUUGCUGAAUGCAACUAAAAGAUAUACAAUAUAAUGAAUUAGGGAUAAAGCAUUGUUUAUUAUUGAGUCAAUGAUCAAGUUACUGAGACAGCUUUUUACUUUGGUAGUUCUCAUUGAUUCAUAUUUUCAUCUUCAUUAACCUCCUUAUCCUGGUCAGGUGACCUGGUGGAGCCAGAGACUAUUCCAGACACAGUAGGCAUAAGACAGGAAUACACUAUGGAGGAGACACCAGUCCACCACAGGGCACCAAACACGUACUCUUACCUAGGGUGAAUUUACUGUAUUCAGUCUAUCUACUGCCAUGCUUUUUCAAGGUGUGAGGAAACCAGAGGACCCUGGAGGAAACCCAAACAGACACAAAGAGCACAUGCAACACUCUGCACAGUAACUUGACACCAGGAUGCGGCUGUAGUCAACUCCAGGACUACUAUAGGAAGAGGCCCAAGGUGCUUCACUUGCCAAACCAUGACCUAUUCUAAUUUUCCCCAGCCAUUCAACUUCCAUCCCUCUACUCUAGUUUUUUUUUGUAAGCUAGGGCCAGAUUGUGAUCACUGCCAUUCUGCUGACACUACCAAUCCCACCAUGAGCUCAUGCCAUUCCAGACAGAUCCGAUUGUAAGCCCCCUUUUUUGGCUCUUUCUGUAUAUAAAGGCAUGUUGUGGCCACAUUCGAGGGUAGUACACACCCUUAGACAACCCCUGUCUACUCUUGGAUCCUUGCACAGCCUCCUCUCAGCUCCCUCCACUGCACUUAUUCUCUUCAAGCACACGCUUUUAAAGGGUGUCCAAAGCAAAGGCUCAAAAUUGGACCAAGAUUGACCAAGUAACAGGAAGCUGAGAAGUUAUGGAUAUUGCCAUCCAGUACCCGUGGUUCAGACGUGCCCUGAGCUACCCAUCUCGCCUCUUUGAUCAGUUCUUUGGAGAAGGUCUGUUUGAUCAUGACCUCUUCCCCUUCACUUCCUCCACCAUCAGCCCUUACUACCGCCACUCCCUCUUCCGCAGUUUCCUGGACUCCUCCAACACUGGCAUCUCUGAGGUGAGGUCUGACAGGGACAGGUUCUUGGUUUACCUGGAUGUGAAGCACUUCUGCCCUGAGGAACUCAACGUAAAGGUGGUAGAUGACUAUGUGGAGAUUCAGGGCAAGCAUGGGGAGAGACAGGACGACCAUGGCUACAUCUCACGGGAGUUCCACCGCCGCUACCGUCUACCCUCAAAUGUUGAUCAGUCAGCCAUCACCUGUACGCUUUCAGGUGAUGGCCUGCUCACUCUCUGCGGCCCAAAAACAGGUGGCUCAGAAUACGGGCGUGGAGAUCGCACCAUUCCUGUCACCCACGAUGACAAACCCAAUCCUGCCCCUUCCUCUUAGAUAAGUGCAUGAUCGGGCAUGAGCGUGGCUCAGCAGGGGCUCUAAUUGUUGACAUUAUUAUAAUCUAGUAUAAUGGGGAGAAACAGAUUAAGAGGAAAGGAUGGCCACUGUUUGGAAAGUUCUUUCAAGUAUAGCCACUCCAGAACAAAACCAAAUUAAGGAAGUUGAUUUACUUUUCUUUGAAGAAGUCAAACAAGAAAAAAUGAAUUUGGUUUUACAAAAUUAAUUUCUGUUAAGUAGGGCUGUGAUUUGCAAGAUGGUUCUAUAUACAACCAUCCAGCCUCCUAACUGUUCCUCCUUACCUGUGUCUGUUUUUUUUUCUCUUUAGCUUGUAUGUCACCUGAUUUUUUUCUCUGCUCUCUCUCUUCUAACCUUGCUCUACUGAAACGCCCCUCACCUGAGGCAUGUACUAAGAAUAUUAUCUCAAUAAAGUUGUAUUAUUAACCAAAGCAAAAAAAA